AUGUACUUCCCCGUCGGCACUCUUGCCGCUGCCUCCCUUCUUGCUGGGACGGUUGCCGCCGCACCCACUCCCUUCAAGGGAAAAAACAUUGUCCGCCGCACCGGCAGCUACACCACCUACAAGCCCACAGCGUUUACCAGCCCUAGUGAGCACAAGGCCACCUCCAAGUACCUCAGUCUGAGCAAGGUCAAGUCCAAGGGCAGCCACCCCCGCAGUGCCGCCUAUGUCAAGCGCUCCACCUCUAGCGGCAGCUCCAGCUUGAUCUCCCUCAUCGAGGGAGAGGAGUUUGCUACCUCCAUCACCAUCGGCAGCGAUUCCUUCGACGUUAUCGUCGACACUGGCUCCAGUGACACCUGGGUUGUCGAAAAGGGUUUCACGUGUAUUGACCUUGACACUGGCCGCACUACCUCCGAGUCCAGCUGUGACUUCGGCUCUACCUGGAGUGUGGAGAGCUCCUUCAAGGAGAUCGAGGGCGAAGAGUUCGCCAUCGAGUACGGCGAUGGUGAAUACCUGUACGGAGUGCUCGGUACCGAAAGCGUCACCCUGGCCGAUAUUACCGUCGACUCGACGACCAUCGCUGUGGUCAACGAGGCCGCCUGGGAGGGUGAUGGAACGACUUCCGGUCUGACCGGUCUUGCUUAUCCUGCUCUUACGAGCGCCUACUCGACCUCCACCGAUGAGCAGGUUGAGUACAGCAAUGUCAUCACCACCAUGAUCUCGGACGGCUUGAUCGACCCCUACUUCAGUCUGGCCAUCUCCCGUGAUGUUUCCGGUGACGCCGGUUACCUGGCUCUUGGCGGUCUGCCUCCUGUCGACUUCGUCGAGGACUUUACCAACACCUCGAUCCUGGUCACCAGCAUCGAGGGAUACCCCGACUCAUACGACUUCUACACCAUCAACAUUGACGCUGUGACCUUGAACGGCAAGAGCCUGACCAGCGCCGGUGGUGACAGCAUCCAGUACAUCGUCGACUCUGGCACCACUCUCAACUAUUACCCCACCGCCAUCGCCGAUGAGGUCAACGCCGCCUUCUCCCCUGCCGCCACCUACUCGGAGGACGAGGGUGCCUACAUCGUCGACUGCGAUGCCACCGCCCCCAGCCACGGUAUCACCAUCAACGGCAAGACCUUCUACAUCAACGCCCUCGACAUGAUCCUCGAUGCCGGUACCGACGACGAGGGCAACACCAUCUGCAUUUCGGGUAUCGUCGACGGCGGCAGCGACAGCUCCGAGGACCUGUACAUUCUGGGCGACACCUUCCAGAAGAACGUUGUCACUGUCUUUGACAUUGGUGCCACCGAGCUGCGCUUUGCAGCCCGCGAGAACUACACCUCUAACGACACCUACUAA